AAAAAUCGAAGAAAAUUUCAACAAUUGCAAAAAAUUUAUAUUUUGUACAUGUUUCCAUAGAAUAAUGACGAAUAAAACUGAAGCCCCUAUUAGCAAAGUUAGUAAACCUUAUGGUGAAAUAGUUUUAACGUUAGAAAAUUGUCUUCUUCCUGAAGAAAAGUUACUACAAACUCCUUCCAAAGCAGAUGGCUUAGAUGAAGAAAUUGAAAAAGAUCUCAGAAUAUUAGGAUGCGAACUUAUACAAUCAGCUGGAAUAUUAUUAAAAUUACCUCAAGUAGCAAUGGCUACAGGGCAGGUUCUAUUUCAACGAUUUUAUUAUUCCAAAUCUUUCGUAAGGCAUUCAAUGGAAACUACUGCCAUGGCUUGUAUAUGCUUAGCGUCCAAAAUUGAAGAAGCUCCAAGAAGAAUACGUGAUGUAAUAAAUGUUUUUCACCAUCUGAAGCAGUUAAAGGAUGAGAAGCCCAUAGAGACGUUAAUCCUCGAUCAACAAUACAUAGACCUCAAAAAUCAGGUAAUAAAAUCUGAAAGACGUGUUUUAAAAGAAUUGGGAUUUUGUGUGCAUGUAAAGCAUCCACAUAAAUUAAUAGUUAUGUUUCUCCAAGUUUUAUGCUAUGAAAAAAAUGAAAAGUUAAUGCAAUUAUCUUGGAAUUAUAUGAAUGAUUCUCUCCGAACAGAUGUUUUUAUGCGACACAAUCCUGAGACCGUCGCUUGUGCUUGUAUCUAUAUGACUGCCAGAGAACUCAAUAUUAAUUUACCAAAGUCUCCAGAUUGGUUCUCAAUAUUUAAUGUUAGUAAAGCGGAUAUACAUGAUGUAUGUUAUUCAGUUCUAAAUUUAUAUUCUAGACCAAAGCCAGAUGCUGAUUCUCUUGAAAAAGCUGUCAGUGUGUUGCGCAAGCAUUAUCAGGAUGAGCGGGCUAAAGCUCGGAAUGCUUCUUCCAAUAAUAAUAGUCCCAAAGCUGAUUCCCCACAUUCACCCCAGAAAGAAAAAACGACAGGAGGGUCUCAUAAUGCUUGGGGUGGUUUUAUUAGUAGAUCUGGUUCACAUGUUAUUCAUGAGAAAUCUAAAGUUAAAAGUGAUUCACCACAUAGUCCUGGUAAAAAUAGUAAAAAGUUGCGUUCAAGAUCACGCUCAAGAUCAAAAACUCCUUUGUCGCCAAGAAACAGAUCUCCAACAGAGAGGCAUAAAAGUAAAAAGGCCCAUAAGCGUCGAAGUCGUUCAGUGUCACCAUAUUCUCCAGGUAAAUCUACCAUCAAAAAAAUAAGGAACAAAUCUAGGUACAGAUCUAGGUCCAAAUCUCCAGAAUGGAAAUCUAGUGUUGAUGGUAAAUCUGAUAGGAAAAGCAAUAGCAAAAGAACUGAGCGUCAUAGAGAGGCAAUUGAUGAUGAGCCUUCUGAAAAAAAUGUGAAAAUUGAAAGGUACGAAAGAUACAGCGAUAGGGAAAGGGAGAGAGACCGGGAUAAACAUGCCAGAUAUUCUGAUAAGGGUAGUGAUGAUUCCCGUAGUAGGAGUAAAUAUCAGCGUUCAGAAGACAGAUCACGGGAUAGGUCCAGGGAUAGAAGACGAUGAGAAAUUUUUGUAAAUUUGAACUUAAUAUGUCAUUGAUAAAGUAAAAGAAAAAUGUACAUUGUUUUAAAGAAUAACUGUUAACUUCUAAUCAAUGAUUUAUUACAGAUGGAGGAUUUAUUUUUUACUGAAUUCAAUACCAACUUGUACUUUUUAAUGAGAAAAUAAACACAUUUCAUCUAAACUGAAA